UUUUUUUUUCAUCUCUUUAUAUAUUAUUAACUUAAUACACUUUCUCGGCGCAGUAUAAAUUCCGGCGACUAACUUUCCUUCUCGCCGGUGAAAUGGACGAGUCUUGGAGAAUGAGGAUGGGGAUGCCGGAACUUCCUCGCCGGCGAUCGGCUGAGGGGUCGUCGAUUCGGUCCUUCUCCAAAGGCGCCCAACCUCUGAACCAAGAAGACUUCUCCGACGUCUUUGGUGGUCCGCCGCAGAGUGUUCUCUCGCGGCAAUUCUCCGGCGAACUCGGACACAAGCAGUUCGACUUCUUCUACGAAGAAAUGUUCCGACCGCCGGAAUUUUUCUCUUCAACAAAGAAUGCUGGUCGAAGCUUACCAGUUUUCAGGAUUCCGGCGGGAGGUGAGGGGUUUUACAACGACAUAUUCGGAUCCGAUCAUGAACGGCGAUCGAGAGAUAGGUCAAGGCAGAACUCGAAGGGAAAGUCGAAAUCCAACUCCUCGUCGUUGUUGAGCUCCGAGGAGGCGAGCCCUUUCCGGCAUGUAAACGGUGACGACGUCGUGUUAUCCUCCUUCGCCGCGAAGCUCAGGCCUAUCAAUAUCCCAACAAAAUGGAACUCAUCAAAGAUGAAGUCAGAGGAGCAUCAAAAGAAACAAGGGAUGUCGUUCUUUCCAUUCAACCGUUCUGCUCCAAUGGAAAACCAGUACGUCGAUAAUGAGGUUAAGGAGCCUUUCAGGAGCUCCUAUUCUGGGUUCCCUCGGCAUGUGUCGUCUCCAGAAACUAUUAGCAUUGAACCAACUUCAUACAGGAGCAUGAAAGUAUCGAUGGAUGAUUUUGAACCUAAUUCCCCAUCGUCUGCUAUCUCUUCAUUGUGUCAGGGGUCAGGGGCCAAUCCUGAUAUUCAAAUAAAUGUGUUGGCAGAAGAAGAUGAUGAAGUAAUGAGCUCUUAUGUAAUUGAAAUUGGUUCUGAUAACAGAGAGGGGACAAACGAAGCAGUUGCACUUGAUGAAGUGAUUGCUUGGGCUAAAGAAAAGUUUAACACACAAACUCCUGAGACAGAUUUAAGUGCAAGACUGCAUGAUAGUGAACAAUUUGUUGAGACGGAAGGAGGAUCUGCUUCAUGUGAAAUUCCUGGUGAACAAUUAGGGGUUCAUGACAUAACACAAUCUGCAGAGGUAGAAGAAAGAAUUUGGUCAGCUGAAGAGGAAAAGGCAGAGUCCGAAAAAGAUAUGGAAAUGGAGGAUAUAGAUGAAGAUAUAAAGUUAUGGUCGUCUGGCAAGGAAACCAACAUCCGGCUGCUGCUUUCUACACUCCAUCAUAUUCUAUGGCCCAGGAGUGGCUGGCAUGUAACACCACUUACAAGCCUUAUGGAGGGUUCACAAGUGAAGAAAGCUUAUCAGAAAGCAAGAUUAUGCCUCCACCCGGACAAGCUGCAACAGAGAGGGGCAACAGACAUGCAAAAAUAUGUAGCUGAAAAGGCUUUUACUAUUCUCCAGGAAGCGUGGACAGCCUUCAUAUCUCAAGAUGCUUUCUUUUGACAAAUGGACAACUGGGAACCUUCAAAAUUCAGUUUACUGCUAAGUUAAAACUAGGAAGGAGCAGAUCUGGAUAAUCAAAUGCUGAAAUGCCGAUGCUUGGCUCCAAGCAUCGGAUUUGAGUGUGAGUAUACAGAAAGUCCAUAGACCCGGUUUGCUUGCAAGAUUCCUACAAGCAUCGGAUUAAAGCAUACGAGAUGAGAAUAUCAGGGACAAUUACUUCUUCUUCGUGUAAUAUCUGUAUCUGUAUGUAUGUAAAUUUUGAGGAUGGAAUAUAAUUUUUUGUUCUUUAUUUUA